AUGCCUAGUUGUGCUAAGUUUCUGAAGGACAUCCUAAGUAAGAAGAAGAAGAAGUUGACUGAAUAUGAGACUGUAGCCCUUACCGAAGGAUGUAGUGCACUUUUGACCAAUAGCAUACCCCCUAAGCUCAAAGAUCCCGGGAGCUUUACCAUUCCUUGUUCAAUAGGAGGGAAGGAAAUAGGGAAAGCCUUAUGUGACUUAGGUGCUAGUAUCAACCUUAUGCCUUUAUCCGUUUUCAAUACCCUAGGCAUAAGUGAAGCUAGACCUACCACAGUUACACUCCAAUUGGCCAACAAGUCCAUAGCAUACCCUAAGGAAAAGAUUGAGGAUGUGUUAGUGCAAGUUGACAAGUUCAUAUUUCCGACAGACUUUAUCAUUCUAGACUUUGAGGCAGAUAAGGACAUUCCUAUUAUUUUAGGGAGAUCAUUUCUAGCCACCGGAAGAACUUUGAUAGAUGUCCAAAAAGGAGAGUUGACCAUGAGACUCUAA